CUGAGGAAGUGGGGAGAAGCCACGAAACGCGUCGAGUGUGUGAUCCACAACGAUGGGAUAUUUUGAAUUUGACAAGGAUUUUUAAAGAUGGACUAUUAAAGGUGGCAGUGCUGGUUGUACAAGAACAGAAGAAAACAUCUUUUAUCCUCAGAGGGAGAGAGCGAGAAAAAUCUCAGAGCAGCAAGAGCCUCUAACAGAUUGAUGGGGGAUAGCACAAAGAAUGGUGGCGGUGGGGGAAGCAUGCUGAAUGCGGUUUGAGCUCUAGUGCUUACUGCGAUAAAUAUAAGCUAAACUUGGACGAAUGUGGACCUUACUAGGGUCAGUAGAGACCCUUCCAAAAGCUACAACGAAUUUCCCAUGAAGGCUCAGACACCUUCUCCAGAAUCCAGAGUAGAUAUGGAGACUGCCACUAAUUUGGAGAUCUCCCUGUCAAGGGAUCCAGGGAGAGCGGUGGAAAUACAAACCAAGAAUAAUAAAGAGGACGAGUCCCCAGAACUAUGGGGCGAAUAUCAGGGGAUAUGGGGCAGAGGGAAAGAAAUGGAGAUGUGUUGGUGCAAGGGUGGGCUACAGGGAUGCUGUGAAGAUAGGUGGACCACAUUAAGAACCACAAAGGAGUCAGAAGUAACACAGAUGUCUGAACACAAUGAACAAUGGUGGUGUGAAGAAAGCACAAGGCCAUAUGAAAGAUCAACAAAACAUUCUACAGAAAAAAGCAGUCUGCAAAGGAUUUUUGAAAAUUGUUUCCCACCAUUUGCACACCCAGUGGUAGAAGAAGACAUUACACCUUUGGAGCUACAUACGAGUGUGAAAAGCCAUUCACAACACAGGUCAGUGGAACAGCUCUGGGGCACAGCAUGUAGGGACGGAAGACAGAGUGAGCCGUGUUACAAAUGGGAAGGAUCCAGACUUCACAGUUCCUACCUCUCCAUGCUUUAUAUUAAGCCUAAAAAUGAGGAGGUGCAAUCAGCACUUUGCUUGCCAAACCCUCACAAGAUCAAGUCACUUGUCUCCUCUCCAUCCCCCAGUGAAAAAAUGCAGGUCCAGAAAGUAAGGACAGUUGUCAGACAAGAACCAGAUCUGAAGCUAAUGAAGGUUGCCUCUGUGUCAGUCCAUGUAAGUGGGUUCAGCCCAUCUCAUCACUUACAAUCUUUGUUCCAGCACUGGACACAGCCCAAUGGAAAAGCAAAGUUGACAGUGGCAUACAACUUUAACUAGUUUAAUGGCUCCCAGCCAUUAGUUAGGAUACAAACUGACCUGGUUUGUGGAGAGCCCGGGAACCUUUUGUCACAGAUGCUUAUAUUUUCUACAAUAAAUUUUAGUGGUUAAUAACU